AUGACAAGUGUAUGUGCUGACUGUGGCACUCAUCCAGGUGCUGACUGUGGCACUCAUCCAGGUGCUGACUGUGGCACUCAUUCAGGUGCUGACUGUGGCACUCAUCCAGGUGCUGACUGUGGCACUCAUCCAGGUGCUGACUGUGGCACUCAUCCAGGUGCUGACUGUGGCACUCAUCCAGGUGCUGACUGUGGUACUCAUCCAGGUGUUGACUGUGGCACUCAUCCAGGUGCUGACUGUGGCACUCAUCCAGGUGCCGACUGUGGCACUCAUCCAGGUGCUGACUGUGGCACUCAUCCAGGUGCUGACUGUGGCACUCAUCCAGGUGCUGACUGUGGCACUCAUCCAGGUGCUGACUGUGGCACUCAUCCAGGUGCUGACUGCGGCACUCAUCCAGGUGCUGACUGUGGCGCUCAUCCAGGUGCUGACUGUGACACUCAUCCAGGUGCUGACUGUGGCACUCAUCCAGGUGCUGACUGUGGCACUCAUCCAGGUGUUGACUGUGGCACUCAUCCAGGUGCUGUGGCACUCAUCCAGGUGCUGACUGUGGCAUCAUCCAGGUGCUGA